GUAGUAGUAUGAUAUGGUCGUUGGGAUCUCUUGGUACUCGGCAGUGACGGUAUGGCAUGGUGGCGGCAAGGGGAAUUGGCAGAAAGGAGAGUUUUAGAUGAAAAAUAAUUAAGUUUAUUAUGCUGAAAAUUGAGUAAUGGUGUGAUUAAAUAAACAAAUAAGAAUGCUUUCUUGUGGUUUGGUAUAUAAGCUGUUCUUCUAAGCAGCAUUACAUUCAUGGUCAUUCAUGUAUAAUAAAACCCUUGUUGCCGUGCUACGUAGUGGGGGCGGCACUGCUGAGGGGCAGCACAGUGGUGAUGUAGUGUCGGUGUGGUGGUAACUAGUGAAGGGUUUGCUGAUCAUCCACGAUUGUAACCACGUUCGUCAUGCCUAAAGGCUACAGUGCGGAUUAAAUAUUGCAGCACGACGUAGACGUUUUUGCUGUCGUGAUUGUGUUCACGCGUAACUUUUGGUUCACUGUGCUAAGAGAAUUGCGCUGUUUCCAUUUUCCUGAUGUCACGUUAUUCUUGUGCAUGUAUUAAUCGAAUUAAGCGUAGAACUUUUAAAUAUUAUAGCGUGCAGAAGGUGUACACUUAAAAAUAAUUCAAUAAAACACAAUCUGAGUUACAAUUAAAUAAAAGAAAGAAAAAUAUAAAACGCCACGUUGUUGUUGGUAGUGUCAAAGGAUUUCUGAAAAAUUAUGAAGCAUCAUCGAAUUAAACGUUCAUUGAGAGUGGUUGGUCGUAGAGGCCGGUGAAUGUGUGACCCGGGGGCAGUGAUCUGCUGGAAUGACGUGCAACGAGACGACCGAGCAGCCUCCGGUAGACGAAUGCCUCCUGGAACGGAAAUGGUGGUGCUUUUUACUAUCGAGCAUCUUCACCUUUCUUGCCGGGUUGCUGACUGUUCUGAUCUGGCGGGCAUUCGCCUUCCUUUGGUGUCGGAAAGAACCCGAAUUUGCUCCAAAUGAUCCCAAGCAAAAGGAGCAGAAAGCUGCUCGACAAAGCAAAGAGUUCGAAGGAACUUUUAUGACUGAGGCUAAGGAUUGGGCUGGUGAGCUUAUUUCUGGACAAACUACUACGGGUCGUAUCCUUGUGGUCCUAGUAUUUAUCCUCAGUAUAGCGUCGCUUAUAAUAUACUUCAUCGAUGCGUCAGCGGAAGAGGUCGAACGUUGCCAGAAGUGGAGCAACAAUAUUACUCAGCAGAUAGACUUAGCUUUCAAUAUAUUUUUUAUGGUCUACUUUUUUAUACGUUUUAUUGCCGCCAGUGACAAGCUGUGGUUCAUGCUGGAGAUGUACUCGUUUGUGGAUUACUUUACGAUACCACCGUCUUUUGUAUCGAUCUAUCUUGAUCGUACAUGGAUAGGACUGCGAUUCCUUCGAGCCUUACGACUGAUGACGGUCCCUGACAUUCUCCAGUACCUCAACAUUCUAAAGACAUCGAGUUCCAUUCGUCUCGCUCAACUCGUCUCCAUAUUCAUUUCCGUCUGGCUCACUGCUGCUGGAAUCAUUCAUUUGGUAACUAUUACUAUAUCCAUUCCUAAAACAGGAAUUAUUUUCAUCACUUUCUUAAUAUCUUUCAUAUGUAGUAACAACGAAUUUGUGAGAUUUUAAAAAACUAAUCAAUUCAAUAGAUUCUAUUCGUUAUUUUAUUUUCAAUAAAACCGUGUGUCACAAUACAUAUAAUUAAAGUAAAAUUUCUUAUGCGUAGAAAAUAUUAGAAUGAAAUGGUUUAUGGUAGGAAUAUAGUUUAUACAGCAUUAGAGAA